GUGACGGGAGGACGGGAGGACGCUCUGAACGCCGGGUUUCUGCUGGGCAGGGCUAGAGAGAUACCGUGCGCAGCCCCUUCCCCAGACUCUCGCCCAGUUUCUGCGAUCGACCCAGCGGCCUUUGAGGCCGCCCCAGGCAGCAUCAGGAUGGCCGAGGAAAAGGGUGAAAAACCAGUGCUGGAAGAAAAUGCAUUCGAGGAAAUUGAAAAAGAUUUUCAAGAGGUUCUCAGUGAACUUUCAGGCGACAAAAGUCUGGACAGAUUUAGAAUCGAAUAUGAGAAGCUUCACGCCAUUAUGAAAAAGUCUUAUGACAAUGAAAAGCGUCUGAUGGCCAAAUGCAGAGAGCUGAAUGCGGAGAUUGUGGUUAAUUCUGCGAAGGUCGCCACUGCCCUGAAGCUGUCCCAGGAUGAUCAGACCACCAUCGCAUCCCUGAAGAAGGAAAUUGAGAAGGCCUGGAAGAUGGUGGACUCAGCCUAUGAUAAGGAGCAGAAGGCCAAGGAGACGAUUCUUGCCCUGAAAGAGGAAAUAGUAAACUUGACCAAACUGGUGGAGCAAGGGUCCGGACUGUCACUGAACCAAGACAGCAACAUCCGAGAUUUACUGAAGUUCAAAGAAGAGGUGACUAAGGAGCGAGAUCAGCUCCUGUCCGAGGUAGUGAAAUUACGAGAAUCCUUAGCUCAGACCACGGAGCAGCAGCAGGAGACCGAGCGCGCCAAGGACGAGGCAGAGCAGACCAUCAGUCAGUUCCAACAGGAAAUCCAGCAUCGCCAGAAUGAGGCUUCGCGGGAGUCUCGGAAGAAGGAGAAACUGGAGAAGGAGCUCAAGCAGAUCCAGACGGACAUGGACACGAGGCAGAUGGAGAUCAAGGCACUGCAGCAGUAUGUGCAGAAGAGCAAGGAGGAGCUGCAGCGGCUGGAGCAGCAGCUCAAGGAGCAGAAGAUUCUGAAUGAGAGAGCUGCAAAGGAGCUCGAGCAGUUCCAGAUGAGAAAUUCUAAACUCCAGCAAGAGAAUGAACAGCACAGUUUAGUUUGUGAGCAGCUGUCCCAGGAAAACCAGCAGAAGGCGCUGGAGCUCAAAGCCAAAGAGGAGGAAAUCCAUCAAAUGCGCCUUGACAUUGGGAAGCUCAACAAAAUUAGAGAGCAAAUCCAUAAGAAGCUGCAUCAGAUCGAAGAUCAGAAGGCAGAGACAGAGCAGCACAAGGAAACCCUAAAAAAUCAGAUCUUGGGAUUAGAGAGAGAGGUGGAGACUUCUAAGAAACAAGCAGAACUUGAUAAGAAAGCGAUGGAUGAGCUUCUGAGAGAAAGGGACAUACUAAAUAAGAAUAUGCUUAAGGCCAUUAAUGCAACCCAGAAGCAGAUAGACCUGGUGAAGCUCCACGAGCAAACCAAGCGGAAUCUGGAGGAAGAAACCCAGAACUAUAAGGAGGAGGCUCAGAAGCAGAGGAAGAUCAUCUUCCAACUGGAAAAGGAGCGUGACCGGUACAUCAACGAGGCCAGCGACUUCACCCAGAAGCUCCUCGUGAACAUGGAAGAUAUAAAAGUCCGUGAAAUGCAGAUUUUUCACUACAAGAAAAAAAUAGCUGAAUCAGAGACUAAAUUAAAGCACCAACAGAACCUAUAUGAAGCUGUGAGGUCAGACAGGAAUCUGUGUAGCAAAAAUCUGGUUGAAGCUCAGGAUGAAAUCACGGAAAUGAAGAGAAAAUUAAAGAUUAUGACCCAUCAGGUAGAUCAGCUGAAAGAAGAGAUCUCUACGAAAGAGUCUGCACUGGUAAAGCUGAAUCUGGAGCAGCAGCGAAUAGAAAAAGAAAAGGAAACGCUGAAGGCUGAGCUGCAGAAGCUGAGACAACAAGCCCUGGAGACCAAACACUUCAUUGAAAAGCAGGAGGUGGAGGAGAGGAAACUCUUGAGAAUCAUCGCGGAAGCUGAUGGGGAGAGGCUGAGGCAGAAGAAGGAAUUAGACCAGGUCAUCAGUGAAAGAGACAUCCUGGGGUCUCAACUUGUUCGGCGCAACGACGAGUUAGCUUUGCUCUACGAGAAGAUCAAGAUCCAGCAGUCUGUGCUGAACAAGGGUGAGAGCCAGUACAACCAGAGGCUGGAGGACAUGAGGAUCCUCAAACUGGAGAUCAAGAAGCUCCGCUGGGAAAAGGGGAUUCUUGCCAAGAGUGUGGCCAAUGUUGAGGAGCUCAGGCAGGAGCUUUUUCACAUGCAGAAGGAAUUCCUGAAGGAGCGGACCCGAUGCCGAGCCCUGGAGGAGGAGCUGGAGAACCCCAUGAACGUGCACCGGUGGAGGAAGCUUGAGGCCAGUGACCCCAGUUCCUUUGAGCUGAUACAGAAAAUCCAGGCCCUGCAGAAGCGGCUCAUCAGCAAGACAGAAGAGGUGGUAGAGAAAGAGCUGCUCCUCCAGGAGAAGGAGAAGCUGUACGUGGAACUGAAGCACAUCCUGGCGCGGCAGCCUGGCCCCGAGGCUGCAGAGCAGCUGCAGAUCUAUCGGUACACCUUGCGGGAGAAGACCAAGCAGCUGAAGGUUUUGUCUUCAGAACUGAAUAUGUAUGAAUCACAGAGUCAAGAAUAUAAGUAUGAGAUUGAGAAACUUGGCAACGAACUGAUGAAUGUAAAGAAGAAAUACCUUGCUCAGAAACGCAAAGAACUCAUUCAGAAGAACAAAGACAAACUACCCAUAGAUGACACCUUCUUGAUCGUCAAACCUCCUGGCCCUCAUUUUAUUGGGGGUGGAUUUCCCCUCAGCAAGACAACCAAGAUGAUCAAAUUAAGAUGAGGCCAGUGGGAUGAGUCCUAAUCCAGCACGACUCUCCUGAAGAGGGAAUUUCGAACACAAAGACCUACACACACACACACGGGGAGAACACUAUAAGAAGCUGAAUAGGAAGUUUGAAAUGGUGCAAAUAAGAAACCGGGGACUUCCAGAUGACCAGCAAACCCCU